GUCACUUGAACCGGUUUGACGGAAGAAGCGGCGCUGCAGCGGUGGCUGCGGCGGCGGCGGCGGCGAAGGAGGAUGGAGGCGGUGGUGUUCAUCUUCUCUCUCCUCGACUGUUGCGCGCUCAUCUUCCUUUCUGUGUACUUCAUAAUUACAUUGUCUGAUUUAGAAUGUGAUUACAUUAAUGCUAGAUCAUGUUGUUCAAAAUUAAACAAGUGGGUAGUUCCAGAAUUGGUUGGCCAUACUCUCGUCACUGUACUAAUGCUCAUUUCAUUGCACUGGUUCAUCUUCCUUCUCAACUUGCCUGUUGCCACCUGGAAUAUAUAUCGGUACAUUAUGGUGCCGAGUGGUAACAUGGGAGUAUUUGAUCCAACAGAAAUACACAACCGAGGGCAGCUGAAGUCACACAUGAAAGAAGCCAUGAUCAAACUUGGUUUCCACCUGCUCUGUUUCUUCAUGUAUCUCUACAGUAUGAUUUUAGCUUUGAUAAAUGACUGAAGCUGGAGCAGCCGUGGUUGAAGUCAGCCUACACUACAGUGCACAGUUGAGGAGCCAGAGACUACUUAAAUCAUCCUUAGAACCGUGACCAUAGCAGUAUAUUUUUUCCUCUUUGAACAAAAAAUAUUUUUGCUGUAUUUUUACCAUAUAAAGUAUUUAAAAAACAUGAA